AUGAAGCAGUCGGCGUGCAGUCAUGCAAUGCGACAAUUCUAUCAAACUACAACCCUACACGGGUUCAAGUAUUUAUGUUCUAAGUAUUAUGCUGAUCGCAUUGGAUGGCUAAUUUGCUGCUGUGCCAGCGCAUGUUGUGCCGGUGUUCUUUGUGCUGUGCUAUGGGAACGUUUCCUAGAAGUACCUGCGCUACUGACUCUACACGAUUUACGUGGUCAGGAAGACGCAGUGAAAAUGCCACUCGUUGCAGUUUGCCCUCCGGCUGAAACUAUUGCGUAUUUAUUUCAGAAAAAACUGUUAAUAAAUACAAACGUCACAGAUCGUCUCCAAACUAUUUUAAAUCAUGUACUUCGAAGAAAAGACACAAACAAGGAGCAUCUUGUUAUAUUAGAAGAAAUUCUUUUCAAAAAUAAUUUGACUUUACCUGAAGCUUUAAUGCAAGUCAUGCCUCCAUGUCAUAGUAUAGUCAAAAACUGUCGCUGGCAAUCCAGCAUGAUACCUUGUGGGAAAUUGUUUGAAAGGGAGUUAACUGAAUGGGGCGUGUGCUGCUUGUCACGACCUAAGAAAUUAAAAAUCGCAGAAAGUCAAAUUUCUCGAUUAGAAGCAAAAAGAAAGCUUCAAAUUGCAGUUCAAUGUUCUGAUCAACCGACUUUAAAUGGUUGCGAGUUUUACACGAAGUUUAACGGCGAAGAAUGGGUAGAACCCAUGACCCUGAGUCCUGGCUAUAAUUAUCUCGCUCAGAUGACUUUUACGUCUGUAGUGGACAGCGAUCCUGAUAAACUUGUGGAGGGAACUUGCAGUACUGCGGAUGGAUAUUCGAAAAGUCGAUGUUUGCUAAAAUGUAAGGAGAAGUCAUGUGGUUGUUCAGAUCCGUUGCGAAGUAAAAGCCGAAAUGAAGAUAGUGUUCCUCCACCGUGUCUUGUGACACAAAUGAGUUGUUUAAGACGAUUUAAUUUUGAAAAUAUUACUUGUAAAUGUUUGCCAUCUUGCAAAAAGGUAUCUACAUUCUUAGCUUUAGAAUCGAGCCCUAUGAAUGCUUUUAAAUAUACUCAUAACGAAAUAUAUGCUGGCUUAAACGAAACUACAAGUUCUGUUCUCCUUAUAUCAAUAAGGAUUAGUGGAUCUAGAAUAUUUGUGGUGAAUCCAACAGAAACUUGGAUUACUUUGCUGUCAUCUCUAGGUGGAGUAUUUAAUAUGUUUCUUGGAGUCGGGCUUUUUAGUGCCUUAGAAAUUUUAUUUCUUUUGUUUGUACGAUUACCGAUUGCAAUACGCAGAUCUACUGAAAUUCAAAUUCCAUCCAGCAUAAAUAACUAG